AUGGAUACGGAAGAAAUCGGCGAGUUUUUGGAGGAGGCAAUCAAGGGGAAUUGCGAGGGGUUGAUGGUGAAGACUUUGGAUGAAGAUGCCACCUAUGAGAUCGCGAAACGUUCGCAUAACUGGUUAAAAUUGAAAAAGGAUUAUCUGGAUAGUGUGGGGGAUACGCUGNAUCUGUUGGCGUGUUACGAUGCUGAUUCCGAGGAGUAUCAGUCGAUCUGCAAGAUCGGCACAGGAUUGAAAGACGACGAUUUGACAUCGCAAUACGAACAAUUCGCGAGUUUGCGGAUUGAGAAGGCGAAACCGUAUUAUUCGUACGAUAGCACGCUGGCACCAGAUCAUUGGUUCGAGCCAGUGAUCGUAUGGGAGGUGAAAGCUGCGGAUUUAUCGAUAUCGCCGAGACAUCACGCUGCGAAAGGAAUU